GUGGAUGCCAAAACCGGAAUUAAACUGAGUUUUAAUGUCAUAAAUAUCUCGCAAGGAACAAACGAUUCAUUUGCUUUGUCCGUAACAACAUUCCCAGCUUCGUGAGGCUUGCAGAAGAAACCGAGUCUAGAGAGAGAAAGAGAGAGAAUCAAGUGAAUCGAUGGCGAGGAAGCGAAAAUCUCAAGAGACUGAGCAGUCAAAUUCUGCGGCACCAUCACCAACAGCGGCCCCGGUGAAUCGCCGGGUAACGAGGAGCUCGGGAAAGGCUUCUGCUAUGGGAGUAGAGGCUUCAGUACCUGUGGUUUUACCAGAUGAGAAGCCGAAGAAACGAGAGAAGAAAGCGAAGAAGGUGUCAGUUACGGAGAGUGAAGAGAAUCAAGGUUCAGAAGUAACAGAUACUCCGUUGGAGGAGAUUUCUGGCUCGAAAACGAUUAUUAUUGAGCACUGCAAACAAUGUCAAUCAUUCAAGAAAAGGGCGGAACAGGUUAAGGGUGGCUUAGAGAAAGGUGUACCUGGUAUCAUAGUGAAAGUCAAUCCAGAGAAGCCGAGAAGGGGAUGCUUUGAGAUACGGGAGGAAGGUGGAGAGAAGUUUGUUUCACUUUUGAAUAUGACUCGUCCAUUCACAAAGAUGAAGGCACUAGACAUGGACAAAGUCAUCUCAGAUGUUAUUUUGAAAAUCAAAUGAUGCUCUUCUCAGCAUGGAUCUCGUCAGUGUAAGGAGCUCAGCGUGGAUGGAGUCAUCUCAGACAUUGUUAUGAUGAUUGAAUGGUGAGUUUUGGGCAUAGAAUAGAUCUUGUCUAUGCAACAAUGAUUUGUUUUUUGCCUUGGACAUUUUGUUUCAUUGGCUAUUGUCUCAUCAGCCACAACAAUGAUCUUGUGAGUGUUAUGUACCGAACAUGAUCUGAGCAGCCCCAAAUUCUUGGAUGUUUUUAGUGAGCUGUACCAACUAUUGUUGUCUCCAGUUGGAUUUGAAUGCAGAAAUCAUGUUGCUGUCUU